GGAAUCACAUGACUCUGUUAAUCGCGAGUGUAUUUCCGCGUCCACAAGGGGACUUUAGCUCUCUCCAGCGGCUUUGAAUAAAAUCCUGAAUAGGAGGUGGUAUUUUUUUGCAUCCUUCGCGCUGUCGUCGAAACGUGUCGCCGAGCUGGGGGGAAAUUCGGGAAAGGGGAGCCGCGCUGGAGCACCGCACAGCACCGACACACGACGCGGCACGAACAUGCUCACUCGGGUUAAAUCUGCGGUGGCCAAUUUCAUGGGAGGCGUUGUGGCUGGUGGCGCUGAAGGUGACUAUUCCGGAUCAGAACUGCCGCUGAAAUUCCCAUACACGAGACCCGAGUUCCUAGGACUGACCCAGGAUGAAAUCGAGUGCUCCGCAGAUCACAUAGGGCGGCCGAUUCUCAUCCUCAAAGAGACGGAGAGAUUGCCGUGGGCCACUGGUUACGCAGAGGUGAUCAACGCAGGUAAGAGUUCCCUGAAUGAGGACCAGGCGUGUUGUGAGGUGGUGGUGGUGAGAAAGAGACCAGGAGACUCCACCACCCCCAUUAAGACCCCCACCGCCAAGAGAAGAUCCUCGCUGCCCAACGGAGAAGGCCUGGGGUUGAAGGAGAACAGCGCUGACUCAGAGAGUCUGGUAUUCCACUACUGGGCAUUGUUCGACGGCCACGCCGGCUCCGGGGCUGCAGUAGCAGCCUCCAAGCUCCUCCAACACCACAUCGUCGAGCAUCUCCAGUCUGUCCUCGAGGUCCUAAGGAACCAUGCCGUUUUACCGCCCACCAUCUUCGGUGAGGAGUCUAACCACCACAUGACCCCCGGGAUCCACCGGGCCACCCUGACUCGGGCCGCGUCACUCCGUGGAGCCGCUGGUGCCCCCAGCUCCCCCUGCACCCCUCCACCACAGAGGUUCUUCACAGAGAAGAAGAUCCAGCACGAUAGCCUGGUGAUGGGAGCCAUGGAGAACGCCUUCAAGGAAAUGGAUGCCCAGAUAGAGAGGGAGAAGCAGGUGUAUAACAUCACUGGAGGAUGCACAGCACUGUGUGUUGUUUAUCUGCUUGGAAAGCUAUAUGUGGGAAACGCAGGAGACAGCAGGGCGAUCAUUAUAAGGGACGGGAAGGUCAUACCCAUGUCCACAGAGUUCACUCCAGAGUCAGAGAGACAACGGCUACAGUUCCUGGGCUUCAUGCAGCCUCACCUAUUGGGAGGAGAGUUUACCCAUCUGGAGUUCCCCAGGAGAGUACAGAGGAAGGAGGUGGGCAAGAGGAUGCUCUACAGAGACUUCACAAUGAAUGGAUGGGCAUAUAAAACCAUAGAAGAUGAGGACCUGAGGUUCCCACUAGUCUACGGCGAAGGGAAAAAGGCCAGAGUAAUGGCCACUAUAGGAGUGACCAGAGGUCUUGGUGACCAUGAUCUUAAAGUCCAUGAUUCCAACAUCUACAUCAAGCCUUUCCUGUCCUGCUGUCCAGAGGUGACGGUGUACAACCUAAACCAAUACGAGCACGGUGCUGACGACGUCCUGGUGAUGGGAACAGAUGGCCUUUGGGACGUCCUCUCCAACAAGGAAGUCAACGAAUCAGUCUCCACCUUCUUGGCCAACUGUGACCCCGACGACUUAUACAGGUACACGAUGGCUGCUCAGGAUCUGGUGAUGAGAGCGCGGGGAGUACUGAAGGACCGAGGCUGGCGGAUCACUAAUGAACGACUGGGAUCUGGAGACGACAUCUCCUGUUACAUCAUCCCUCUGAUGUACGGAAACCGCCAACCCUAGAACCACCUACAGGCCAUGAAUGGAGCAGACUCCCAUCUCUAUGGCAGGCUCCCUCCUCAACCAGCAGUACUGUACCCCUCUCUUUUUGACUCUCUCUCUCUGUGUCACCCGCCUCUCAGUGCUGUACUAUAAGUGAUAAUCCUUCAAGAUGUUACAAUGUUCCCUUCUUCCCUAAACAGGUAUGAGUUUCAGAUUGUGGUAUGUGACCUGAGAUCCCAGUCAUGUGAUGCUGACCUGUGCAGCUUUGUUUCCUGCUUUGCCACAGUGUGGCUUCAGAGGAGUCACUUCCUGAAGCACAGUGUUUCUUUCAGUACAGAAAGUGGUUUUUACUAAAAGUAUGUCGUUUUGUAGUAUGUAGUUUUCUAAAACAUCUCACUCGUCUCAACUGGAAAGGGAGGCUGAACUUAGUGAAGAUUACAUUUUUUGACUUGAUGUAGCCUACGCGAUGAAGAUAGAUUCUGUAUCCCUCACCAUAAUCUGACUGAGCAAGGUGCAAUAGUUUACUAUGGUACUGUUUGUGUAUGACUUGAUCUUGUUUUUUCUCAUUGGUGUAAAAAUGGCCAUAGUCAUUCAAAAAACAAUAAGUUAUUAAGAGUUCUAUCUUAUAAUGUAUUCAUAGACCAAGACCCACGUUCUGUUACAAAUCUUAUGAUGUAGCUGUAUAUUUUUUUCUGUUAGAUCAUUAUUUUAGGCUGAUAAUGUUCAAGAUGUUUAUUUUGCAUGUAAUGCUGCUUGCUUUGGGAAAUUGAUGGAGAUAUAGUGGUUCAGACUGAACCCAAAGACAAGAGAUGUCUUUGCUGACUUAUGUUUUUGGGUUUCAUAUACUCAAUGGAAUAUUAAGUAUGUUGGCCUACACCAUUGCCACUUCAGUUUGUGCCAUUCCAUGCGUAUUUUACUUUUCAAUAUUGUAAGAGGAUUUAUUUAUACUGAUUGAUGUAGUCACACUUGAUCCUUCAAUUCAGUGCCAGUAAUCCACUUAUGUCAUACUGCACCAUUGUUUUAUUAUUUUCAUAAAUACCAUGAUAAAA